GAAAGACAAACUUGCGCAACUCGAAAGGCGUUCUGUCAAACUCAUUAACAUUAUUAAUGUGUCACCAAAAAGUCUAGUAGGGGCAUGCUUUUCUACUACUAAAACCCAUUUAUACUAACGUUUUGUUUUGUAAACCGCGUGGAUUUGCUUUUUCCAUAUUUCCCCUGCCUGUACCAAAAACAUCCAAUCCACAAUUCAUAGCACACCCUUUUACGGUUUCUUUGUCAUUUUUUGGUUUUGAUGGAAGAUCCUCCUCUUUAGGCUUUCUUGAAAACUGCUUUUGUUGGUAAUGGUUGAGGGAUGAUUAUUGUAGUCUGUAAGGAUAAGUUCCAUCCCAGUCUUGCAACAUGGUCAAGUUUCUUGCUUUUGGAAAAAGAUUGAAGAAUGGUUCAUAAAGCUGAUUUAGUUAUUAUUGGCAUCUCUGUCGGUGUGGCUUUUGGAAUAUUCAUUGCAUCACUUGUUUUCUUUGGAAUUCGGUGGUACAAAAGGCGUGUUCAUCUUCAGGACCAUGCAAAUGAGCGAUCUGUGGCAACUCUUCCAAUACGGACAAAUGGACUUGAAACAAGCGUUGAUUUUAGUGCUUCUCUGUCGAAUUCUGUAGCUAUUAAGACAGCAGGAUUUCCUGCCACAAAUUCACAGCACAGUUGGUGGAGUCACCCUAGUAAAGAUCAAUUUGUUUCAGCAUCUGGAUUACCAAGAUACUCUUACAAGGACAUUCAAAAAGCUACCCAAAACUUUACAACUAUCCUGGGACAGGGCUCAUUUGGCCCAGUGUACAAAGCUACAAUGCCUGCUGGUGGAGUAGUUGCCGUGAAAGUUCUUGCUAUUGACUCAAAACAAGGAGAGAAGGAGUUCUUUACAGAGGUAACACUUUUAGGUAGGCUUCAUCAUCGGAAUUUAGUAAAUUUGGUGGGCUAUUGUGUUGAUAAAGGACAUCGCAUGUUAAUCUAUGAGUUCAUGAGUAAUGGAAGUUUGGAAAACCUUUUAUACAGUGAAGAAUACAGCUUGAGUUGGGAAGAUCGGGUGCAAAUAGCCCUUGAUGUUUCACAUGGCGUUGAGUAUCUCCACGAUGGGGCAGUUCCCCCAGUGAUACACCGUGAUUUAAAGUCUGCCAAUAUAUUGCUAGAUCAUUCUAUGAGAGCUAAGGUUGCUGAUUUUGGGCUGUCAAAGGAAGAGGUAUAUGAUGGCCGCAAUUCAGGCCUUAAAGGUACAUAUGGCUACAUAGAUCCAAUGUAUAUAUCCACAAGCAAGUUUACAACAAAGAGUGACAUAUAUAGCUUUGGCGUUAUCCUUUUUGAAUUAAUCACUGCUAUUCAUCCACAUCAGAACUUAAUGGAAUAUGUAAAUCUUGCGGCUAUGAGCUCAGAUGGGGUUGACGAGAUCCUGGACAAGAAGCUUGUUGGAACAUGCAGUGUAGAGCAAGUGAGGAGUCUUGCUGCAAUUGCUCAUAAAUGCAUAAACAAAACACCUAGGAAGCGUCCUUCCAUGGGCGAAAUAUCACAUGCAAUAUCGAAAAUAAGACAGAGGCGCCUUGUCAAAGAAGAUACCAUGUCCUUUACAGGAUAUGACAGUUCAAGAAUGGCAAGUAGGAUAGAACAUCAACAGAUUGAAUUGAGAAACAUGGCCAGCAUUAAUGAAAGAGAAGCUGAAUGACUUUUCAUUCACAACCAUGAGCACUUUGUCUGUCUUUCAUUCUUUGUUUCAAUUCUUGACCUUAUUUUUGCAGCAUAAAAGAUAAAGGAAAGACAUCAUGCAGAGUGUUGAAUCAACAAAUUGGCACGGAUUGGAUUUUUGGAUAUGAUUCAAGUAAUAUAAACUAACAAUGUAAAGAAUUUUUAUAUGGGAAAAUUCAAUUUAACAAAUUGUAACAUGUUUCCUUCUUUCCA